UCUGUUAUGGAUCCACGAGUUGGGACCAAGUAUCGACUCAGUCGAAAGAUCGGUAGCGGAUCGUUUGGAGAGAUCUAUCUCGGUACUCAUAUUCAAACCAAUGAACAUUUUGCAGUCAAGCUCGAAAAUGUUAAGAAGACCAAUCAUCCGCAAUUGUUGUAUGAAUCCAACUUGUAUAAAAUACUGCAGGGAGGAACUGGGAUUCCAAACGUGAGAUGGUCCGGCGUUGAAGGUGACUAUAAUGUCGUCGUCAUGGAUUUAUUGGGGCCUAGUCUUGAAGAUUUAUUCAACUUCUGCAAUCGAAAACUAUCGCUCAAAACUGUUCUCAUGCUUGCGGAUCAGAUGAUCAAUCGAGUCGAAUAUGCUCAUUCAAAAUCAUUACUGCAUCGGGAUAUCAAGCCAGACAAUUUCCUCAUGGGUUUAGGUGAUCGUGCAAAUCAGGUCUACAUGAUUGAUUUUGGGCUGGCUAACAAGUACAGAGAUUUUUCAACCCAUCAACAUAUUCCUUACAGAGAAAACAAAAAUCUUACUGGUACUGCAAGAUACGCAAGCAUGGCUACUCACCUUGGGAUUGUGCAAAGUCGAAGGGAUGAUUUGGAGUCACUUGGAUAUGUUCUAAUGUAUUUCUUAAGGGGAAGUCUUCCAUGGCAAGGACUGGGAGGUGGAACUAAGAAGGAAAUGUAUGAGAAGAUAAGUGAAAAGAAAGUGUCAACUUCUAUUGAGGCUUUGUGUCGAGGAUAUCCAUCUGAAUUUGCAACCUACUUCCAUUACUGCCGAUCCCUGCGGUUUGAUGAUAAACCGGAUUAUUGUUACCUGAAAUGCCUGUUCCGUGAACUAUUUGUUCGUAAAGGUUUUGAGUUUGAUUACGUGUUUGAUUGGACGAUAUUAAAGUAUCAGCAAUCUCAGAUUUCCAAGCCAAUAGCAAAUGAUGGUCCUGUUGCUAAAGAUCAUAAGUUGGGUGAUUCUAAUUUCUUACCUUCAAGGCGAGCUGUUAUCUCUUGCAAUCAUGAUGCAGCUGCAAUCACAGUUGGUGGUGACUUUGAACGCCGUCGCCUUGGUGCUGUCGAUGCAAGUGCAAGGUCAUUCCGGAAAAUCUAUAGUGGACAAAGAAACUCGCCUGUUCUAUCGGAGAAGAAGCGACCAUCUUUUGGUAGGAACACCUCAAAUGUAAAGAAUUUGGAGUCUGCUCUGAGGGGCAUUCAAAGCCUGCAUUUUGGUAACCGUGAGAGAGUACCCUAUUAGACUACUACCACA